AGAAGCUGUGUUGGUCUUACGGUGACCCAACCAUCCCCCUUCCAUCUCAGACGUCCCCACCAGCCAACCAUCUAACAGGCAAGCUCCUCACAGAAUGCCUAAAGAACUCUUCCGAUAUUCAUCAACUUAAGGAUCAGCUUCUUGACUUGGCAUCAGAGUUUGGCAUUGAGACUGGUGGAGGUGGCGUCAACGAACUCGUGGGUGGCGUCAACGAACUCGUGGACGUCGUCAGACGUGGUUUCCACGAGGUGGAGGAGAAGAGGCUGGCUGCUGAGAAGAGGGCUCAGACCAUCGAGCAGAAACACCUCGACUCAGCCAUGAGGAUCCAAGUCUUGGAGCUGGAGCUAGCUGAGGCUAGGAAACAGCGAAACAUCGCUGUUCAUCAACUCCAGGACUUGACUCAACAGCCUGCCCUUGCUUCUUCUCCUGUCAGCAGUCAGAUUCCUAGUGUCUCUUGAUUACCAACACCAAGUCCAGAGUCUAGUGGUUCGGUGCUUGAAGUUAGCGACCAUACUUCUUCCAAUCCUGCCGUUCAGAGCUCAGUGGCUAUCGUUUCAUCACCUCUUCCUAGUCCACGAUCACCAUCAGUGGGUGGGGUUGUAGCCAACGUGAGCCAGAGCACUGCCCAAGCCAUCCGAGUAUGGAGCAUGGACGACCUUAAGUCCUUCCAUCCAGGAGGUGAUGAUGUCAUCCUGGGCAGUGGUAUGAGCGGUACUGUCCAUCUCUACAGGCACAAGGUCACCAAUGAGCCCAUUGCUGUUAAGAUCUUCAAACUCCCAGCCGACAAUGAUGGGAUGAACAGACAGAUGGCCUACAUCCUUGAGGAAGCUGACCUCUUAGAGACCUUGGGUCGAAAUGACUGCUUCCCAAGCUACCUGGGAUGUCUCCAGACAAGUCCAGGCUACGUAGGCCUAGCAAUGGAGUUCAUCGGUGACGUGACCAAUGGAGAGUCUUGGACAUUGGAUAGAGGUAUGGACGAGUUAGAUCUGACCAAAAAGCAAUGGCUUAAGCUCGCCAUCAACAUCUCCACCUCCUUGGGUCAAAUGCAUGAGAUGGGGUUCCUCAUGAACGACCUCAAGGACGACAACUGCCUCUUAAGGAAGACCCAGACUGGUCAGUGGGAGGCAGUGAUCAUCGACUUUGGACUCGUCUCUCCAAGGACGAAGCCUUUCUUCUGUCUACUUUCUGAUGACAAGAAAGAAAAGUACAGGAGAAAUGAAAACUUCGUUCACCUCGCUCCUGAGUGCGCCCUUGAUGAUGAGGCCACAACCACCAUGAGCGAUGUCUACCAACUUGGACGACUUCUGAAGUUGAUGGGAGAUGAAACUGACAUCGCUGAGCUUAACCCCAUUGGUGUCAUGUGUAUGCAGACCCCUCCCACUAGUCGACCGACCAUCGAAGAUGUCGUCGACUUGCUGGAGUGUAUGAUGUAAAAAGGCACUGUUUUAGAAAAAAAAUGUUAUUUCAUAGGUUAUGCCAUUGCUCAAAAGGGAGAUUAUAUGUUUCAUAGCAUUGUCUACCGGGUUAUUAUUUCGACUUAAAAAAAAGAAUUUACAAGUUCAUAGGGGAAAUGUUAAUUAAACUCAUUGCAAACUUGACAUAAUACAAUUUUUUAAUUAUUAAAAGUGUUUUUUUUUUUGGGGGGGGUGGUAAAGCGCACUGGAAACAUGAAUAAUUUUUUCUCUGCAAACUGUAAACUUGAAUUAUAUAUAUGUAAAUUUAAGGAUGAAAAGAAGGUUUCCAAAAAAGUUAUUUAAAAAAGAAUCUCAACAAGAACUAAAUUCUAAAAAUAAGAGGAAACACAGUUUGGGGAAAUAUUUUGAAAGGUCAUAACAAUCUUGAGAUAAUUAUGCCAAAAAAAAAAGUUUGAGCGAAAUAUAAAAAAAAAAUCACAACAAAUUUGAAAUAUUAUAUAUAUUUAAAAAAAGGGAAAAACAAUUUGGGGGAAUAUUUUUACAAAAGAAUCACUGCAAACUUGAGACC